GCAACAAGUGAAACUCCACCCUUCCUACAGACUGGGGAGAAUAAAACGCAUCCACGGCGACCGCUGGCGAGUGUGAGGAGAGUUUCUGUGAAGGUGCCGGGUUUCCACACAGUCGCUGGCGUGCAACGGAGAAAGAGGCGGGAUCUCCUUCAAGUAGCUUAGUUGUGAUUUGCUGAAUUUACAGACUUUUCCUCUUAAAAUCCCAACCCUCUCCUCCCUUUUUUUUUUUUUUUUUUUUUUUUUUUUUUUUUUUUUUUUUUUGAGAAGUUGGCGUGGGGCUGCUUCUCGGUGCGCUCGUCAGCUGCCAUCAGGUCCUCAGUGCCUUGUGCUGACACCAUGAGUCUGGAGGCUGAUGAACCCAAGGAAGGAAGAUUCUGUAAGCCAGAUUUCUUGAAAAGCAGAACAGAAAGAAGAAAUUCCCUGUAGAAACUGUUAAAAAGACAAUUUGUGAAGAAGAUCAUGGCAAUUGGCCACAGAUGUCUUCAACUCCAAAAAUCUGGCCAUUCAGGCCCAGAAGAAGAUCCUUGGAAAAAUGGUGUCCAAAUCCAUAGCAACUACUUUGAUUGAUGACACAAGCAGUGAUGUCUUAGAUGAGCUCUACAGAGUAACAAAGGAAUAUACACAAAAUAAAAAGGAAGCAGAGAAAAUAAUAAAAAACCUAAUUAAAAUAGUCCUUAAGUUGGCAAUUCUCUACAGGAACAACCAAUUUAAUCAGGAUGAAAUAACACUGAUGGAGAAAUUCAAGAAGAAAGUUCAUCAGCUGGCUAAGACUGUGGUCAGUUUCCAUCAGGUGGAUUAUACCUUUGACAGGAAUUUUUUGUCCAAACUGCUAAACGAUUGUAGAGAGCUGCUUCAUGAAAUUAUUCAGCGUCACCUAACUGCCAAGUCACAUGGACGCAUCAACAAUGUGUUUGAUCACUUCUCUGAUUGUGAAUUUUUGGCUGCCUUGUACAAUCCCUUUGGACCUUAUAAACUCCAUUUGCAGAAACUUUGUGAUGGUGUCAACAAAAUGCUAGAUGAGGGGAAUAUAUAAGUACUUGUAUUAAAGUUGACUGCCUAUGCAUUAUUUUUAGAUGGAACACUGUUGAUUUAUGAAGGAAUAAGGGAGCAUGCCAAAAGGGUUUUUUACAUUGUGACAAAUAUUUCCAAAAUACCUUUAUUAAAUUGAUUUCCUCCUUAUGAGCUAUCUGUUGCUAUUCACAGUCCAUCUGGAGGAAAGACUGCUCAUGACUGUGUUUUACUGUGCUUUGCCUACGGAAACAGCUGGAUAACGACAAUAAAACAGAAUGGUCCAAGUACAGUAAGAGUCCUGCAAGAUAGAUAUACAAAAUGAGACAAUCAACAUCUCUCACAGAUUUACAGAAUUAUUCCUAAACUAUCAGUCUAGUUAUGUUGCUAACAGACUGUCAUGGUGAUGGUACACUCUAUAAUUUCUUUGACUUACUUGUAAAAUACAUAUAUUUGAUUCAUUUAUAGUCUUUUAUGCUCUCUGCACAGAUCACAGCUUCCUAAUGUUGCCCUUAUGAAGCACCCAGUUUUAAAUAUUAUCAGUCAUGCUGUCAUGUAGAGUCUUAACAGGUGAAAACUUUCUGUCUGCAAGGCUACCAAGUAUAGUACCUUAUAGACCUGCACAGAUGCUUGCUUCCUUUGAUUAUAUGGGGAUUAUUUGAGGAAUAAGCUACAGGAACAUAGCCUGACUGGGGAAAAACAUUCCCUGGAAACCACUUGUGGUACCCAGUUUUAUCUCUCUGCCUAUGAUAAGGUAAAACUCAAGGACUUAUCUGUGCAAAUACUUAAGAUCCUAAGAACACAGCUUAGUAGUCCACAAUUCUGUUUGAAAGGGUGUGAGUCGGGAGAUUUUGUCACACUAGGCUGAUGUGCAUGAUGAUGUAAAUUCAGAAAGUGUGGUCAUCUGAAAGUAAAUUUCAAGCCCACUUGGUAUAUGAUAAGACUAGAAACAGCAUCUAGUCUUAUUGUAUCCUAUACUAUUUAACUAAUGGAAAAAUGGAAUCUUGAAUACAUUUUAAAAUUUUCCUCUUCUCUCCCCUUCUGCCUUUCAUCUCUCUCUUCUUCCUGCCUUGCUCUUGGGGAUAAAAAAAAUGUGACUUCAGAGACACUGUAAUGUACUUAAAAGUGUGAAGUUAAUACAUUUCAAACACCUGAAGACUUUUUGUUAGGAAUCAUAUACAGAAUUUGCUGUUUUGUUAGAAAGCUGAUAAAGAAUGUGCUGUUUAUUUAAUUGCCAGUGGUUUUGCUAUUUGCUGUGUCUUUUUGUUUUAAUGAGUAAACCAAAGAAUAUUUGCACUUUGAACUUUUCAUGCUUUUUUUUUUUUCUUCUCGUUGCAUUUUAAGUUACAAAGAGCAAACUUAGCCUGUGCUGGCAACAAAACCAUCACAGCCUCUGACAUAUGGCUUCAGCAUUACUUACAAUUUUUUAAGAGAGGAAAUUCACUAUUGUUUGUGUUUGUUUGGUCACUAAGCUCUGAUUGUUCCCAGAAUCAUGCCAGAUAAAUGUGGCUCUCAAAUGUGAACUUACUUUAUACAAGCCACUGGUGUCCAGCAGAGAGAGAUUAAUGUACUAGUAGGCUGGAACACCUGAGAGCUGAUGCAAGAAUUUGCCAAGAAAUAGAUUAUUAGGGUGAUAUCUACAGGUAUAUAAUUAAAGAUUCCUUCUUGUAUUUUACUUAAACAGUAAAUACAUUGUGCAUUUGCCCAUCAGAAGCUAGGUACCGGAGUGCAACUUCAUGAGGGAAAUCCCAAAAAUUUGAAAGAGUAGUUUCUGAUGUAUUUGUUCCAUGUAUUUAUUUUCCCACCUAGAAAAGGAAAGCUGUUUUCUUUCUCAGUUCUCUGACAUGAGAAUUGAAAGGAAACUUCACUUCUAUAUGUGGAUACAGCUUUCUUCACAAAUUCUGUUUCUAAAUCAUGGUCUGAUUCUCCAAAAUAGCAUCACUUAUAAUGAAUGGUAACAGUUACUGAAAGGAGGACAGGACAGUACCUUAUUUGGAACCAGGCAUAACAUAUUCAUGUAUUUGUAAACUAUGAAAGAUUUUCUUUAGCCAUGACCUAGGACAUUUUGACUGCUCAAUUUAAGAUUUUCUCUGGGACAAAAACUGCUUAAAUGGUCUUUGUACAUUGUUAACAAACUCCUACUUAGAUGUAUAUGAGCCAUAUUGUGUCAUACUAUGUAUAUUUUCAGUAACACAAUAACUUCAUAGUCAGUUGCAUUAUUGACCAUUUAGUUGUUAGAAGUGAAAGUUGAUCAUGAAGAUUUGAUUAUAAGCAUAUAAACUUGACAACUAGGAGAAGUUAUAUUUGGCUUGCAAACUAGUUACAUUUCUUCUGAAGUGCUCUAAUGAUAGUUCUGUCUGGCAUUCAUUUUCAAUUGCAAAGAAGUGAUUUCUGAAUGAUGAAAUAAAACAACUGUAUUGGACUUCCAAAAGCCUGCUUUUGUAGGGAACAUGAUGUAGCAUUUGAGCUGUAUACUUUUGCAAUUAGUUUAUUUUUCCUGCAGCAUACAUAAACGGUGUCAUUAAUUGCCAAACUUCAGAAAUAAAUUGACAGAAAUUUC